GGUCUAGAGGUGGCGGUUUGAGUGUGCUGCAAGCGUCCUUCGCAUCAGGGCAGAUGGCGGGCAACUGCUCGCGGGUGCUGUGCGGCCUGCAGGCUGUGGACACGGAGCUCACCGUGGACUCCGUGGAGUGGUGCCCGCUGGAGGGCUGCCGGCGUCUGCUGGCUUGCGGUACCUACCAGCUACGUGCAGCCGAGGACCAGGCUGGACUGAAUGCUGAUGGGCCUCAAGUUCGACUAGGUCGUCUCUACCUGUACAGUUUCAGUGACAACGCUGCUGAUCCUCUGGCCGAGGUCCAAAGAAGAGAUACUGAUGCCAUCCUGGACAUGAAAUGGUGCCACAUCCCAGUGGCUAGCCAUGCUCUUUUAGGCUUGGCAAAUGCCAGUGGAUCUAUAGAGCUGCUCCGCCUGGUGCAAUCUGAGAAGAGCAGUUACAUACUGCAGCCAAUAUCCAGCCUUACCCUGGAGGAGAAUUGUCUGUCCUUGUCCUUGGAUUGGUCUACUGGGAAACCUGAAAGGGCCAGAAACCAGCCCUUGAAAAUCAUUAGCAGUGACUCUAAGGGACAGUUGCACCUCCUGAUGGUGAAUGAGACGACAGCUGAACUGCAGCCAGUGGCUUCAUGGCCAGCCCAUCACUAUGAGGCCUGGAUUACUGCUUUCAAUUACUGGCAAACUGAACUACUAUAUUCAGGGGGAGAUGAUGGGCUUCUCAAAGGCUGGGACACCAGGAUGCUUGGCACAGCUAUCUUCACCAGCAAGAGACACACCAUGGGUGUGUGCAGCAUCCAGAGCAGCCCCCAUCAGGAGCACGUCCUGGCUACUGGAAGCUAUGAUGAGCAUGUACUGCUGUGGGACACUCGGAACAUGAAGCAACCAUUCGCAGACACACCAGCACAGGGCGGUGUGUGGAGGCUCAAGUGGCACCCGGUCUACCACCACCUACUCCUGGCAGCCUGCAUGCAUGGUGGCUUCAAGAUCCUUAACUGUCAGAAGGCCACUGAGAAGCAGGAAGUGACAGUCUUAGCAUCCCAAACAUUGCCUCACUCACUAGUAUAUGGUGCUGACUGGUCCUGGUACAGUCCCACGAGGCCCAGCUCCUCCUGGUCCUUUGCUCCAAAUGGUGUGGAAGCUCCCACAGCAGACCAGUAUCAUCUGAAGGUUGCAGAGGAGUCACCAGCACCCUCUCUUGAACGAAUAUCGGACCACAGUGAGGAGGGCCCUGCUGAAGAGCGCAACAGAGUGGAACUGAAGGCUUCUUUCCUGCCACUCACAGAGGACAUGAGAAGCCAGUUGCCCCCCACAGCCAAGGCCUGUGACCCCAUCCUCUAUCCAGGAGGGACAGACUCUGACAAUAUCCUCCUGGCCACCUGCUCUUUUUAUGACCAUGUUCUCCAUCUCUGGAAGUGGGGGGCGAACUAAGCUGACGCUGCAACAUCUUCCCAGCCACAUGAGGUGUGACUUGGGGAAUGUUGGCCCUUUCUGCUAGCUAUUGAGAAUGGACCUUGUAAGGAAAGUUGAAGAGAAAGACAAGACUCAAACUGCCACAGAAGGAAACCAUUUAUUGCAGACAUGAUAAACAGUGAGGGCCAGAGACCUCUGUACCCUCUCUAUGUCUCACUUGAGCUGAAGUGAAACUUACGAAGAAAUCAAAGGAACAAGUAUGGGUGGGAGUCUAGGGGGCUAUUGCAGGUAUUUCCUAAGAAGUGAUUUGGGGUGUAAGAUUUCUGAGGUGUAACGCCCUGUAGGUUUCAAUGCGGUUAGGAGUUGUUUGUGGGUCAGGAUAUGGAUUGAUUCUCUGUGAUUGAUGGAUGGCUUAAGUCAGUGUUUGUUCAUGAAUCUGAAUUCAAGGAGACUCUGUUUUUCUUUUGUGGCCAGAGGAGAGUCCUUCAUAUUCAGACUCUGAAGGGAUAUAGGAAAUUGGGCCAGAAGGGAAAGAGACGAAGGCUGUGGGGGGUUGACUUCCUGCUGAGAAGGGUUGGUUGUAGCCUUCUAGGGAAAGAGAGAGGUGAGGUCUAAUGAGGCAGUUAGGGUGACUGGGCACCCAAAAGUGAAGGCAGGAAUGUUUUUGAGCCUGCCCACUUUGUUAGUGAUCAAAGAAUGAUAUGACAUCUUAUCUCUUGCCUAAAGAAGUUCCCGAGGUGUAUUUUCCACAAACAACCUGAAGCUCCCUCUCCUAGAAUUUAAAUCUAAUCCUGACAUGGUUGAUCAAGCUUGGCCCCCAGAAUUUGGUAUCAUGGCUGGCCUUUUCCUGACGUGGCCUCUAGCUCAGACCAAUCUCUCAGGUUCACCUGAGCCUGAAGGCGAAGCCCACUACAAUUAGGAUUACAAGUAGAUGUGCACCAGGGGACAUGCUGUCUUGGCUGGUUCUUUAUCUUGGCCCACUUGGGUGAGAUGAGGGGAGACCCCCUCCUUACCCCCACUUAGGCUCUCUACCUCCUUCUGCCCCAUGGCAGAAGCUCUCUCUGCACUUUCUUCCUCUUAAUCUAAUAAAGUUUUUCUAAAUCUUA